UUGUAGUAAAAGACACUAAUUCUUUAAUAGAAAUAUGACCCUCCAGUAUCUAAUAUAAUUGACAAAGCAUAAAUUAAUACGUUAACUUCCUCGGCGUUUUCCGGACGUAAUAUUAUUUACUUCCGGAAAGUAUUUACGUCCCGUGACUAGUAGCUGUAGCUUGGUGUUAGCUUGUCUAAGCGUUUAUUCUUCAUUGGUUUCCCGUUCACUAUAUUGGCAUAGACUAACUGCGCGACAUGUUGCAACAAAGUUUUUCUUUCCCCUUUCGCUCUUGUAAUCGCUCGUAAAAUGUAUAAAGCUAAUUAUUAGUAAGCUAAUGCUGUGCUAAUGCUCUAGAACGCAUGGAGGGUCCGUCCUCUCGCCCUGAUACCCAGGGUGAGCCACUGCCUCCGGCCAACAAGACAACGUCUGUUGGGGAUGGAGAGGCAAACCUUUCCCGGGACACGAAAACACACUUUCGUGUGUGUCGCUUCAUUAUGGAAACAGGAGUGAAGCUGGGAAUGCGCUCUGUGCCAGUGGCUACAGCUUGUGUUUUGUACCACAACUUCAUGAAACGUGUCAGCAUAUGUGCAUAUGAGCCUUACCUGGUGGCCAUGAGCUGUGUGUACCUGGCCGGCAAAGUGGAGGAGCAGCACAUAAGGACCCGUGAUAUCAUCAAUGUAAGCCAUAGGUACUUCAACAGUGGCAGUGCCCCAUUAGAAUGUGACAAGGAGUUCUGGGACCUGAGGGACAGUGUGGUGCAGUGUGAGCUCCUCAUCCUCCGGCAGCUGAACUUCCAUGUCUCCUAUGAACACCCACACAAGUAUCUACUCCACUACUUGUUGUCUGUGAAGUCGCUGGUGAACCGCCACGCUUGGUCUCGAUGCCCUGUGGCUGAGACUUCCUGGGCAUUGCUUAGAGACAGCUACCAUGGGGCCAUGUGUAUCCGCCACAUGCCCCAGCACAUCGCUAUAGCGACACUGUACUUGGCUCUGAACAGCUAUGGUGUGGAGCUCCCUGUCGGGGAGAAACAGUGGUGGCAGGUGCUUUGCGAGGAUGUGACCAAAGCGGACAUAGAUGCUGUGAUCUCGGACCUUCUACAACUGUACGACAUGGAGGCCAAGUGUAUCUGAGGACACUCCCGCCAGGCUUGCGCACAGUUGAUGAUUCAGCUGCGUAUUUGUGAUCACAAGUGUGUCAUUUCUGCCGGUAACAGUGUGUAUGUGUGUGCAUGUGUGUGUAAGGGAAUUUGUACUGUCUGUGUGUGUGUGUGUGUGUGUGUUUGAGAGAGAGACUAGCUGAGACAACUGCACUACCUAGGCUCAACACCCUGGGGAGACAUUUCUUCAUUUCCUGCUUCCUGGUUGCAGAUCACUGGCUCUGCAGCAAACAAGCUUUGCGGAUUGGUAUCAUUGGCACCAAACAAACUAUCCAUGUGCUUCAUUGUUUACUUAAGAUAAUGCAAAGUGUGAUCUUUGUAUUUAAUUGUCCAGUUAAACAAUAAUAAAAGGCCUCCACUUACUUGAGUGUUCAAAUGACCUCCAGAACUUUUAACAGAUCCCAAAUAUACUUUUUUUAACUAGAUUUAAUGGCUGACCCUCUAUGGUGACAGCAUGCAUUUUUUUUAUUAACCUCUAAUGGUGCUUCUAAGAAAAGAAUGGCACUUCUGUGCCUGUCAUGAUGUCAAUUAAAGGCUGUAAUUUGAUUCGAAAACACUUGCUGUGCUGCAAACUACAACUCCAAUUACAAUUAAAAUAUGCAGUAAAAAUGAUCUGGGCAUGAAAAUACUUGGGCAUGAUUUGGGAAAUAAAUGUCUUGACAUGAUUUCAAGAU